AUGGAAGAAUGGGUGAUCGUUAAGAGUCAACCAGACAAGCCAUUCCGAAUCCCACGAGUAACCAGUCUCAGCAAUCGCAGUCAAAGAGUUGGAGCACAUCGAAUGGGAACCUUGUUGAGACGUUGCGAUCAUGGAGAAACCUGUCUUGGUUGUAACUGUUGUGGGACCUGUACUAACAACACAUUCUUCCUGUGCUACUCUCCACUCAACUCGAUCGACUACUGCGCCUUCGACGAAGAAGUCCUUAAGAGAGAUCCGAACGCAGUGCUGCCACGUCGCACCGCUUCUUUCAAACUACCAGAUGACUUUCCGCGAGAACAAGCACGAAGAAUAUUUUUUCCAGGCUACGAAAGCGAAAAGAUGAGUGAUCAGACGACUUCAACAUCAAGUGAAAUAGAAAAACCAACAGUUACAAAUGAAGAGCAGACGAUCGAUCCAUUCAUUGACUUCGAAUGCCAUGUUUGUCGAAUGAAAGAGCGAACCUUAUUCGGAGAGCUGAAAGUGAUUGAUGGAAGCUACGACUCUCCGGUGUAUUUCAUGCGAGACCCAUUCAAGCCUCCUUCCCGAGAUCGUGUCAAAAAGCCAAGUCUCGACGACUUCCUCGUACUCGGAUCACCAUGUUCCGCUUGCAGUCAGCCAGUUUGCAUGUCGGACGCAUGCUCCCUGUAUUUCGGAGCUACCUUUUGCUCACCAUGUGUCAGCCGAGAACGUCGACGGUUCCCACCACAGUUGAUUCGUGGCAUAAUUACAAAAUAUGAAGCCAAACAAGCAUCACAAUAA